AUGCCGCUUCAAAUCGCUCCGUUGCGACUCGCCGUCGCGGCAGUAGCGCUCACACAAGAGGAGUUACUGCAGCGGCAACUCGACGACAGUGGAGACGAUGGUGGAGAAAAUGAUAGGAGAGGAGAGAAUGGCUUGGUCCUCUUUAGAGUAGGACUGGACUACGAUUCUUUGCAGGGUUUGUUAAUGAAAUGCACCUUGGACUCUAUAUUCAAAGUUGGUUUCGGAGUGGACUUAAAUUGCCUGGAAGGAUCAGACAAAGAGGGAAGUGAAUUCAUAAGGGCUUUUGAUGAUUCAAAUGAAUUGACAUAUUGGCGUUAUGCUGAUCCAUUUUGGAAGCUUAAGCAGUAUCUAAACAUUGGCAGUGAAGCAACCCUCAAGAAGAACAUCAAAUUCAUCCACAAUUUUGUUGAUGAUUUGAUCAGUACCAAGAGAAGACAAAUGGAAAUGCAACAGCAUUGUAAUGACAAGGAGGACAUACUUUCAAGAUUCUUGGUGGAGAGCAAAAAGAAUCCACAGAGGAUGACAAAUCAAUAUUUAAGGGAUAUUAUUCUCAGCUUCAUGAUUGCAGGCAAAGAUACAACUGCAAACACUCUUUCUUGGUUUAUUUAUGUGCUUUGCAAGAACCCCAUUAUCCAUGAAAAGAUCGCAAAAGAAGUGGAAGAAAUUAUCAGUAGUACUCCAUGGAAUGAAGCUAGUACAGUUGAUGACUUUGUGGAAUGUAUCACCGAUGAAGCACUUGAAGAAAUGCAUUACCUUCAUGCAGCAUUGACAGAAACCUUGAGGCUUUACCCUGCAGUUCCUGUGGAUGGAAGGUGCACAGAAACAGAUGACAUUCUCCCAGAUGGAUUUAAACUGAAGAAAGGAGAUGGUGUAUACUACAUGGCCUAUGCAAUGGGCAGAAUGAAUUACAUUUGGGGAGAUGAUGCUGAAGAGUUUAGGCCCGAAAGAUGGCUCAAAAAUGGGAUAUUUCAACCUGAAUCACCCUUCAAAUUCAUAGCAUUCAAUGCUGGCCCUCGAACUUGUUUGGGGAAAGAUUUUGCUUAUAGGCAAAUGAAGAUAGUAUCAGCAGCUCUUGUCCACUUAUUCCGGUUCAAAUUAGAGAAUGACACUGAGAAUGUGACUUACAGAACCAUGAUUACACUUCAUAUAAAAGGAGGCCUUAGUAUUCAUGCACUUCCAAGAACAUGUUUUGUAAGGUCUGAGAUGUAAAUCACAAGUUAUAUGAAUUAUGUAUACCACCAUCCAAUUUGAAAUAAAUAGUAUUGAGAAGUAAUUUAUAAAGAAUUUGUGACAUGUCCAUUUGUCGAAGA